ACGUGCCGGCGGUCACAGGGCUCCGCACGUCGCUCCCGUCCACCCACUCGCCCGCAUUUAACCCGGCCCGCGGCCGCCCGCCGCUCCUCAGCCCGCGCGGCGCGGGCGCGGCAUGAGCAGCAGCGGCACCGGCCCCGGUACCGGCACCGGCAGCGCCCGCAGCCCCUGCCCGCCCUGAGCGCCCCUGCCCGCCCGCGCCCCCCGCCAUGGAGCGCAUCCCCAGCGCGCAGCCCCCGCCCGGCUGCCUGGGCAAGCUGCCCGCCCUGGAGAGCGGAGACCUGCCCGGGCUGGACUUCGCGCACAUGUACCAGGUGUACAAGCCCCGGAGGGGAUUAAAGAGGAGCGAGGACAACAAGGAGACCUACAAGCUGCCGCACCGGCUGAUCGAGAAGAAGAGGCGCGACAGGAUCAACGAGUGCAUCGCGCAGCUGAAGGACCUGCUGCCCGAGCACCUCAAGCUGACGACUCUAGGUCACCUGGAGAAGGCUGUGGUUCUGGAGCUCACCUUGAAGCACGUGAAGGCACUGACCAAUCUCAUCGAGCAGCAGCAGCAGAAGAUCAUCGCUCUGCAGAACGGUUUGCAGGCGGGUGACCUGUCAUCGAGAAACCUCGAUUCCAGCCAGGAAAUGUUUCGAUCCGGUUUCCAGAUGUGUGCCAAGGAAAUGCUGCAAUACCUGGCAAAGCACGAGAACGGCAAGGAGCUGAAGUCGUCGCAGCUGGUCAGCCACCUGCACCGGAUGGCCAGCGAGGUGCUGCAGGGCGGGGCGGCCCGCAAGCCCGGGGACAUCCCUCCCAAAAUGCUGGACCUGAAGGAGAAGCCGGCGCCGCUGGGCGCGGCGGGCGAGGGCCACGGGAAGAACUGCGUGCCCGUGAUCCAGCGGACAUUCGCUCACUCCAGCGGGGAGCAGAGCGGCAGCGACACGGACACGGACAGCGGGUACGGGGGAGAGCUGGACAAAAGCGACUCCAAAUCGGAACAGCCCUAUUUCAAAAAGGAUACCGACCUCAAGUACGCUGUCCAGGAGAGAAUAAGCUCUAUUAAGCAAGAGACUGAGGACCCGCCGGCCAAAAGGAGCAGGCUGGAGUCGCCGCAGGACGAGGGCCCUUUUGGCAGUGACAUGAUGGGCCCUGCCAGCGGCUUCCUGGGCCCCCACGCUCACCAGCCUCCCCUGUGCCUGCCUUUCUACCUGAUCCCGCCGUCCGCCACCGCCUACCUGCCCAUGCUGGAGAAGUGCUGGUACCCGGCCUCGGUUCCCGUGCUGUACCCCAGCCUGCCGGCCUCUGCCGCAGCUCUGACGGGCUUCAUGAACCCCGACAAAAUCUCCCCCCCUCUGCUGAUGCCCCAGAGACUCCCUUCUCCUGUACCGGCCCAUUCCCCCAUCGACUCCUCGGCUCUGCUUCAAGCUUUGAAGCAGAUUCCUCCUUUGAACUUGGAAACCAAAGACUGAGCACAGUGUGACUGGUUUUACUUUUUUUCCUUUUUUUUGUUAUUUUUUUUUGUUUUUUUUUUUUUAGUUUGAGAGACUGUUUCACUUUUAUAUAUUGGCUGGACUGAGGUGUGGGGACGAGGUUCACUGUGCGUAGGAAGCUAAAUCCCCUUUUCUCUGACUUGUCAGGUAGCUUGGAGAAGGAUGAAGGAUGCGCCCAGGUUAGCGAUUGACAACUACUUCCAAAAGAUUAAAGAAGGAUUUUGUGCUUGGCCCCUUCCCUUCUUCCCUCUCCACAUCUACAGAGCAACAGUUGACUCAGUCAGCUGCGACUCUAUUGCAAAGCUGUGAAGAAAUAUUCCAUUGGGCAGGCCUGGUUUGAGGGUCUGUGAAUACAAAAUACAUUAAUAUAAACCACGGUACUUCCCUGAGCGGCUCUGGAGGCAACGGCCCUGCUGGUUUAUCUCAGCUGGGCUGCUGUCCCAGUGACCCCACAGGGUGGUGGUGGCAAUGCCACCGUGAGCACAGCAGGGGCAGGGCAGUGGUCACUGCAGGGGCAGCAAUGCCACCAGGAGGAGCAGGAUAGUGGCCACUGAGGUGGUGGCAGUGGUGGCAAUGCCACCAGGAGGAGCAGGGCAACGGUCACUGUGGUGGUGGCAAUGCCACCAUGAGUGCAGGAGGAGCAGGGCAGUGGUCACUGUGGUGGUGGCAGUGCCACCAGCAGGAGCAGGGCAGUGGUCACUGGUGAUGGUGGCAAUGCCACCAGGAGUCCAGGAGGAGCAGGGCAGCCAUCACUGCCUGGUCACACACAGAUCAGGCAGACAGACCCAAGACGGGUUUCUCUCCACACCUUUGCUGAUAAAUAGAUAUUUUUUUACGAAAUAAAAGGUAGCUGCUGCUUGGAGCUUUCCAUGGCGUACAUCUAAUAAAUAAAUUAACCUGCGCCCUUCCUGUAACUUGAGCUGCUCCGUUGGGCCGGCUCGGGAGGAGCUGUCCCGGGGAUGGCGGGGUCGGGAGGAGCCGUCCC